CGCCUGCCCCUCCCCCCCCUCUCCCUCCCUCCCGGCGGCGGCGGCGGCGGCGGCGGGUCUGGUGGCGGCGGCCGCUCCGCUUCACUCACUCACUCACUCACUCACCCGGGACCCACCGCCGGACCAUGUGAGAGAGCGGCGGGCCACCCAGCCCGAAGGAGCGCUUGGUCAUGGUCAUCGCGAACCAGCCUCGAAUGCGAUUUGGAUGCGAUCGCCGUCUGCAGCUAACGUGGGGCCAGCUUUCAUCAUAAGCUGUCCUCCGAAACCAGUGGAUUGCAUUGAAAUGGAAAACAAGAAGGAACCGCCUUCCUUUAAUGAGGAUAAUUCUGGGCCUAUAAGCUAUAAAUUCCCUUUUUACGAGACAAUGGAGCUUUUCAUUGAAACACUCACAGGAACUUGUUUUGAACUCAGAGUGUCACCAUUCGAGACUGUGAUUUCUGUGAAGGCCAAAAUACAAAGACUAGAAGGCAUUUCCAUAGCACAGCAACAUCUCAUCUGGAACAACUUGGAACUUGAAGAUGAAUACUGUUUACAGGACUACAAUAUAUCAGAAGGUUGUACUCUUAAACUGGUGCUUGCCAUGAGAGGGGGACCUAUAAAUACCAGAAGGGUUCCAGUGGAAGAUCCAACUAGAGAUAUGGCUGACUACAUGGAGACCAGUCGAGAUGACAUCUGGGAUAAGAUCCCUUCUAACAAGCAAGUGACCUUUCUAGUAUAUCGUGAAGGGGACCAGUUAAAUUUCUUUCGAGUUGUAGAUCGUGGGGAUGGCACUUUAACACCACUCUCCGAAUCCCUGAGUGGAGGCUCAAUGUUCAACCUGUACGCUGAUGAUGAAGAUGAGUCUGAGGAGUCUCCAUCUGGGCAGCAGAUAUUAGAAAAUUCCAUCACUAUGAACAAAAUGAAACUUCUGAAAGCAAAGAUGGAAAAUAUGAACCUCAGUAAAAAGCCCAAGAAGAUUGCCAAGGUGAAACCGAGGCCCCCCAUGGCACCGAGACCAACGAGCAGUUCGGUCACUGCGGCUCGUCAUCGCCUUUUCCGAGUGCUCCCUCACAACGGGCCGUCUCUCAAUCACACACUGUAUCUACCUCCUGUGGACCAGCACCCAGCUUUCUCCUACCACAACGUGCUGAGUCCCAACUUUGCCUCCGGCAUCAGCCUGGCCCCGUCGACGUCGUCCAGCGGCUUCCUGCUGAAGGACGACGAAACGGCCGACUUGACUCCUCUGCUCCAGAGCGCGAUCCCUUCGCCCGGCAGGAUCCUGCAGGAAGAGUUGAAGAGCCCGCGGCAACAGAAGAUGCUUCCGUCGCUCGCUUCUCAAGACUACCGGAACGCUCCGACUAUUUGUACCGACUUUGUAACUGGCUGCGCGGCAGGUGGCUCGGGGGUCAAGUGCCCAGAUGCCGAAGUGAGUCUUUCGGAAGAUAAAAGAGUAGCUGAUGAUUCUGCAAAGGAACUUGCCUUGUCCAUCGAUGCUGAUCGUGCUGAAGAGGCGAAGCUAUUGAGUGAAAUUGGACUUAAAACUUUGUCGAAUGAACACAUCAAGGAAGAGUCCCAGCCGCCAGAAAAGGAUAUUGUGGAACCAAAUAUUAUUAGACCAGUUUUUCCAAAUCCACUGGGAUGUGUUCCCAUGGAAUCUGGGAAAUCAAGUUUCGCUGAUUUACUUCCAAAGGAUAAAGUAAUCCAACCCACUCGAUAUCCUGCAGCAAUCUCUCAUAACUCCUUGAUUACUCUUGCACCCCAAAGACCCCCAAAGACCUUUGACGUAAAUAGCCUAACGUCUCCGACGUCACCACAGCUCCUCCACUCGCUUCAGGAUAGCGAUGGUUUUCCUGGCUUCUCACUGUCGAAGGGAAGCAGGUUCCGAGGGCUCAAACUAGAUUCCCCUGGGAAGAAAACGGAAGUGGUUUCUCCGACGGAGAUGAGCGAGAUGGCAAACAAAGCAACGACGGAGACGUUGGACUCUGCAAAAAAUGUCGGCACAUUUGCUUCGCUGGCUCGAAGCACUUCCAGGGACAAUAUGCAAAGUAACUGUGGGACAAGCCGGCAGUGGACGUCUGGUAUUGCACUACCUGCUAGCAUUCAGAAUUUUCAUGAAGAGAUUUUUGGAGGCAUUGCAUCACCAGAUCGAGUUUCAAAUGCAUUUGUUUCUCCGCUUGGAUUUUGUGCAACAGGCAGACCGACAACACUAGGAAGGCGAAUAGGUAAUAAUGGCCAACCUGCACAUCUUUUCCCACCGUCCACCCGAAAAAAAGCAAAAAAUGCCAAGCACUGCUUUCUUUGUGGGAAGAAAACUGGAUUGGCAACCAGCUAUGAGUGCAGGUGUGGGAACAAUUUCUGCGCCACUCAUCGCUAUGCUGAGACUCACGAAUGCACGUACGACUACAAGACUGUGGGAAGGAGAUACUUGCAAGACACCAACCCUGUUGUUAGCGCACCAAAGCUUCCAAAAAUCUGACCGCUGUAGAAUUGUGUGCAGCUUGUCAAAUCUGUGCGGAAAGAACUACAUAUUUAACCGUUUUGCAUAACUUUUGACGUUUGGUCCGGAAAGACACAAAUUUGCCAAUCAGAAGCACAUAAUUGAUGCUUGGUAUUUAUGUAUUAUGUAAACACUAUUGUGGGUUUUUAGUUUGCAUAAUUCUUUUAGUAAAUUGUCAUUGUGGGGGAAAAAAACUAAAAAUGAAAUUUCCUGAAGAUUUAUGCUGUGAGUGUGGUUUCCAAUGAAUGCAGAUGUUUUGUUAAAUUUUGUAUGUGGUGCAGACUGCUUCACGAGCAACUCUUGCAAGAAUGCACUUUAUUAAAAAAAAACCUGUCACUACUGUUUGACUGAAAUAAACCCCAAGGGAGAACCCUUUUUUUUUGACAAAAAAGAUGGCAUGUGCAUCAGGUCUUUGUAAUAUAACAUUUUAAUUCGUGUCUAUUUUAACAUUGCAAGUUCUUGUUAAAAGUAUAUUUAUUUCAUGGUGAAAAGAAUGAGCAACUCCGCUGCUUCUCCAGAGGUUGGCAUCACUGACGGCUGGAUUCAGUGACAACUGUACUUGGCUCCCCUACUGGGUUGGUUGUGCAAUAUCUCUACGGAUGUUCAAAGCAAAAUCUUUUUGAGUUUUAUGCACUGUAUCAAGAUUAUUGGCCACCUUACUGCAAACAUGUUCUGGGUUAAUCCUACGACUUCUGUCUUCACGGCUGAUCCUCAGCAAUGAUCUUCUGCCUAAUUCUUUGCUUUGGUUACAUAUCUCACUUUUUUGGCAAAGUGAGCCUUUUUUUUGUAAUCUCCGUUUUUUAAAUACAAGACUCUACACACUUCUGGGUUGUUUUUUUUUUUGCAAAUAAAAGUUAGUGCUGUUAACAAGAUUUGAAUAAAAAUUGAAUAAUUUGCAGCUAUAAUUUUUCUAAUGUGCGAACAGCAUCUAGCCAAUAUUAAACUAAUUUAUAUUAAA